UUCCCGGGGAAUUCAGUAUCCAACACUACUCCCUCUACAGAGCAGUUCGUUCCUUCGUGCCUGAACUGCGACGGUGUCUGAAAUAUCUCCUGCGUUAUCUUCUUCUCAGGGAAUUUGAAUUUUGCAAAAUGGCAAAUAAUGUGGGGGAGGAAGCUUCCUCCCGUGGAAAUGAAUGGGAAGUUGUGUCACUCACGGCAUCAACAUAUUCUGCUGCUCCUGGUCCGAAAAGAUUUGAUGAUGAUAAAGGUAAUGAGUUCAUUGUAUAUGAAGAGGGAACCGCAGAUGCAAUGGUCAUGUCUGGUCACUUUGUAUUUCCAUCUAACAAGCAUGAGAAUCCACCACUGGAGCCAGAGAAGAAUGAGAUUGAUAAUGAACCAAAAGGUGAAGGUGUAGCUGCUAACGAUCUGCCAAUGUUUGAUAUGAAUAAAUCUGAGAAGAAAAAUGUUGAAGAUUGGAAUGUCAAAGAGUUGCCAGUACCUGAUGAGUUAACUGGAAUACAGUUCUUUGAUGAAAAGGGUAAUAGGCUAUCUGUUCGUGACACAGAGUUUGAAGAAGGCAUGGGUUUAAGAGGGCUAAAUUUAAUCGGCAAAGAAGAGAAUAUAUACAAUUCUGCUAAAUUUAGUUCGUCUGACAGUGAAGCAAAUGUUAGUGGAUCGACUGUGUAUGAUAAGGAUGCAGUUGUCACUGAGUCGUGUGAUCCCUCUCAGAAAAGCUCAGACAAUGAUUCAGAUCUUUCGAAGCCAAUAAGUCAUACAAAAGAAGUUAAAUUUAAUAAGUAUAGACUUCCCUGUGAGGAAUUGUGGAAGAGAAGAAUAGCUUCCUUGUAUAAAAAUGCGAAGGAGGCAAAUGCAUAUUGGUCUGUCUUUGUUGCUGCAGCUCUUAUGGGCCUUGUCAUUAUUGGUCAACGUUGGCAACAAAAUAAGUCGGCGAGUUCAGCAACCUAAGAGAAGAUGAAGUGGGUACCAAGAAUUACAAUGAAGAAGUAAAAGGCUGAGAAACGAAGAGAGAUGGUGCGAAGUGUUAUUUUGAAUUGGACAUACCAUUAGUCCCAACUUAUGAAUAAGAAGAAUUGGAGUUGUUAUAAAAUUGUUUAUAUUAUUGGGUCCUGGAUAUUUUGUAUGUAUAUCUUCUUUUUUUGGUUUGGUAUGUAUUUGUUUAUCGUCAUCUAUUAAUACAGUUAAUGACUGAUCAAUUGGUAUA